GAGGAGAUUGUUUGCACGUAUUCUGUGUAUCCUUUCUGUCUGAUUUUAAACGAAGUUUUGUAGUCCAAAAAAAUGGAUCCUAACCAGAAAACGAGGUGGUUGAAACGAGCUUAACAUUAUCAGUCACACAGGCUAUUAUUUUACUUAAAAAUGUAAAUAAAGAAAGCAAGAUUUUGUCAACUCUUUGAGGGAGCCGAGAGCUGAUCAGCAUCUGUUUAGAAUGAUGCAGAUGUUUAUAUCUGAAACAAGUUCAGAUCAGGUGGUGAUGAGACUUAAAUAAACUCAGAUGCUAAGACAGGUGUUGCUAGUACCCUAAGCUCCCAAUUUUAAUCUGUGAUAAUUAGCUCAAGCCUCUGUGGUGUGCCGGGUGCUACAACUCAUUCUGUCUGUAUGUAUCCUUCCUUAAGCCAGUACAUGUCCACUAUGUAGAGUCGCCAAAGAUUGGAGUCAGGUCGCCCUUUCGGUUCUUCCAUGCUCUGUGUUAGUAGUUUCUUUACUCAAAGCAACGCUAAUUCAGGCAGCAAUAGUCAAAGUGCACAGUCCUCUACGUCUUUCUGUGGCGACUUCAGCAGACUUCAGGGAGUUUCGCCUACUCAGAAAUUUGGGGCCAAACAAGUUCUCACUGAGACUUACGGCAUCCAGAAGCCCUAUAUAGAUUUGCCAGAGUAUUCUGAAAAUAAUUUUCUGUGUGACAUGCAAACAAAUGUACAUAAGAUGGAUUCCAAUUCAAGGUACAACAAUAAUGAUACAUCAUCUAGUCAUGGUGGUGCCAGCACUUUUAGCAGCAAUGGAGUGUAUCGCAGCAAUGGGCCACACAACGAUUCAUCCAGGGUUAUCAGUCAAAAUUCCUCAUAUGGUGCUCAGUUUAAUUCUUCUGUAGAAAAAAACAAGGGUCAGGGUUAUAAUUGUGAGAAUGACAGCAAUACCGAGUCUUCAUAUUCAGGUUGGCAAAGCCUAAAUUCUUCUGUCAGUUCUUCCUCUUCCUCCAGCAAUUGGAACAUUCCAGAUAACAAACAAGUGAUGGGCAGGAGUAUUCAUGGCAGUCGUGAUAAUUCAGCAAGCAAGGAAGAGAACAUGACUAUUGACAAUGAGUCGUCAUUUUCAGGCCUUCUUGGGGCAACUGGUGGAUCAGAUAGUUAUUCUGAGGAGAAAUCAAAUGGCAGCAAUAACUUUGCAGGUAAUUCAUCACGUUCUGGACAUGUACCACGUCUUGGACUCCUGGGUGGAGGAGAAAGUUCUCUAGUUACUCAGCCAUCUAAUUGGAAUGGAAGUCAAGGUCCCACAAGUACAGUUUCUGCCUGGGGAGGUGUUAACAGACAGAACAACUCCUCUGAAAUAAGUGGAAAUGCAAAUUCAGAUAUGAUUGUCGAUGGAGACAUGGGCUUUAAUGGUAUGCUUGGUGCUACAGGUGGUUCAGAUUUUUCAGAUACAAAGCAAAAUAGUGGCAAUAAUUCGUACAGACAAGACCAUGCUAUCCCUCCUCCGCGGAUGGGUUUACUUGGUGGCGGUGAAGGUAACAUGAAUACUGCUCCAUCUGGCUGGGUAAACAACAGCAGUUCUGGAAAUCCUGGAUCAGGAUGGGGUUCCGGUGGAAGGACAAGUACAAAUAAUGCUGCUAGUGAUAUGCCUGGUUCAUCAACUUCAGGCACUUCACCUACGAAACCUCAGGGCUCAUGGGCUCAGGCAGCUGGUAAAGGCCUAAACCCAAGUCAGUCUUGUAGUCUUGGAGGAGGAAAUGUACAAAAUAGCGGAUCAACUAUGCCAUCAGAAACAAGUGUUCAGCGUGAAAGUGCAGCUACUUCCAGAGAUCAUACUGAGAUUGAUGCUAAAGAUUUAAGAUAUCAAGCAGCUAUGAGUGAGGGCUGGGGUCAGAAUUCUGUUAAUCAAGAUACAGCAUGGGAUAUUCCUGAUUCUCCUACACCUGAUAGUGGUAAAGACAAUCCACCUGCUGUUUGGCGGGCUCCUGUGAACAAUGGUACCGAAAUAUGGGAGAACAAUCUUCGAAUGAACAAAGGUUCAGGUACUACUAUUCCUGUUUCAACUGCUGCGGCACCUCCUUGGGGACAUACGCCUGCAACAAAUAUUGGUGGGCAUUGGGGAGAUGAUGACUCCACAAAUAUGUGGAGUGGUGUACCUCAGAAUCCUAAUCCAACCCCUGCAAAUUGGCCAGAGUCUAAUACUGCCAGUACAAGUAACAUGUGGGGCGGAAAUUCUGUGCCAAGUGAAAAACAUUGGAGCAGUAACCAGUCUUCUUGGGGUGAUGGACCAUGUGGCAGUGAUACCGGAACUUCUGCAUGGGCAUCCUCGAACAAAAAUCGCCAAAUGUCAAACUGGUCACCAAUAACAACACCAAAAAAAGAAAUUUCUUCAUCUGGAUGGGAACCACCAUCACCACCUCCAAGUAGGCGUGCUGUUGGAAGCACGUAUGAUGAUGGAACUGCAGUUUGGGGAAACCCUCAACGCCAAGGAAAGGUUUCACACUGGAAAGAUAUGCCGUCUACCAAACCCAUCAUGAAUCCUAGUAAUAACAUGGUCGGGCCAAAUGCUAUGUUAUCAAACCUUGGAGGUAUGCCACCAUCAGGCCCUGGAAUGAUCAGGUUGCCUACUGGAAAUAAGGACGGCACUGCCACUUGGAACAAACAACCUCCACCAUUAAAUCGUAUUACCAACUGGGCAGAUGUACAGCCUCCUGCACCUCGCCGUGAUUCUCCCACUAUCAACAAUUGGGGUGAAGAAAACCACAUGCAUAGUCAAAUUAAGAAUCUACCUAAUGUCCAAGGUGGGCCAUAUAAUGUUGGAUGGAAUGACCAGUGCAACACACCAUUUUAUUGGGGAACUAAGCCAAAAUCUAAUUCAAGUUGGGCUGAUGGUCAAGUUGAUACAAGCUCUUGGCUUGGGCCAACUAAACAGAGGAGCGAAAUGAUGCCACCCGGUUGGUCCUCCGUUUUGGAAGAUAUGUCUGAAAAAAAUAAUCUCAAAAAUGAUUCUAAGAAGGACUUAAUUGGAAAUUGGACUGAUGCUAAAAUCCUACAACCAGCGCCAUAUGAUGGCAUUGUUGGGCGCAAACUUAAGGGUGGGAAACCUUUGUGCAGAGAUAUAGUCCAUGCCAGCAAACAGUUUCGCAUUCUGACAGAAUAUGGUUUUAGGAAAGAAGAUGUGGAAAAUGCCUUGAGAAAUAAUAAUAUGAAUUUAGAAGAGGCAGCAGCUGAAUUGCAAGCCAUGAGUAAUGGAGCAAUGGAUGUUGAUAGCUUCACAGGUCGCAAGGUGAGACCAGCUAAUGGAUUUGAUGAUGUAUCAAUGGCUGAUCCUUGCCUUGAUGCUUUCCCAACUAAUUUUCAUGGUCCUAACAAUUUCCAAAGUCCUAUUAAUUUUCCUGGUGUUGGACAUUCAUUUAAACAACAAACACCAAAAGGACCAAACAGUAAUUCAGUCUUAAAUUCUGCAUUGGGCGGGCAACAGACAGCUGGGAAUUUAUCUCCUGCAUUACUUCAAAAGAUUCUCCAACAGCAGCAGCAACAGCAACAACAACAACAGAGUCUUCAAUUACUCAAUUUAAAUAAUGUUCAGGCGUUUGGCAAUCCUAAAUUUCCCACAAAUGCCCAGCUUCGUCAUCUCGUGCAACAGAUACAAAUGGCUGUACAGGCUGGCCAUUUGAAUGCACAGGUAAUUGAUAUUUUAAACCAGCCUUUAGCCCCGCAGACUCUUCAGUUCUUAUACCAGUUGUUACAACAAAUCAAAGUACUGGGUCAGCUACAGCAACAGCAGAUUUUACAAAGCAGCCAUAUGUCAAAGCAAGGAGUUCCGAAUACCAAUCUUCAGUUAAAUGUUCAAAUUGCUCAAACUAAACAAAGAAUUAACAAUCUACAAAAUCAAAUAUGUGCCAAUCAGGCGCUUUUUCUUAAGCAACAGAUUCCUCAGCAGCAACCACCUGUCCAGCAGCAACAGCAUCAUGGAUCCCAGCCUACUAUUGACCUUUUCAAGCCGAAUGUUGAAGCAAUGCACAAUGAGUUUCAAAACCUCACCCUCAAGGAUACCCCACAUCAAAACCAUCAAUCCAGGCUCAACCAGUGGAAACUCUCCUCCCUUGAAAAGGAUGAAAACCAGAUGUGUCCCCCAGGAGACAUGACUCAAGGCAAUCUGGGUGGUGUUGGGGAUUUUAGCAGAGCUCCUGGACCCUUGAAUUCUAAAACACCUUCUAUACCUAGCUCUGGUUCUACCUUGCAUCCCCUUCUGGACCAGAAUGAGAGCACUUGGUCUGGUCUUUCUGGGCGCUCACAUGGAGAUUCAGGUUGGCCUGAAACAGCCACGUCUUCCACAGAGAGCACCAAUGGCUCUAACAAUGUCUCUACUCCUAGUAUAGGAAAUGGUCAGUCUGCUGACAACAAAGAAUCUACCCACUCUACUUCUGGUCCAACAUCAGCAUCUUCUCACCCAUCAUAUAGUUUAACAGACUUAGUUCCAGAGUUUGAACCUGGAAAACCCUGGAAAGGGACCCAGCUCAAGAACAUCGAAGAUGAUCCACAUAUUACUCCUGGAAGUAUUGCCAGAUCUCCUUUGUCAGUCAAUAAUAUAAAAGAAUCUAACCUAUUUUGGCCUUCCAAACCUAGUCCUGCCAAUUCAAAUAGUGAUGCUACUGGUAGUUUAACUUCAAGUACUUGGGUAUUCAAUCCGCCUACUACUGCCGGCCCAAAUAGCUCAACUGGAAAGUCUGGAAAUGGAAAAAACAGCUGGAGCUCAUCUGAUUUUGGAGCAUCUUCAGAUCUGUGGGGAUCAAUAUCCAAAGCACGAAACCCUCCACCUGGCCUUUCUGGCCAAGGUUGGGAACGCCCAUACAACUCAACUUUCUUAAUUUUGAGGAAUUUGACACCACAGAUUGAUGGAUCAACACUGAAAACCCUGUGUAUGCAACAUGGCCCAUUGCAAAUGUUUCAUCUCUUUUUAAAUCGAGGAGUAGCUUUAGUCCGCUAUUCCACUCGUGAAGAAGCGUCCAAGGCCCAAUCUGCACUGAAUAAUUGUGUUCUAGGAAACACGACAAUGCUCGCUGACAUCCCUAGUGAAGGCGAAAUUCAACAAUACCUCCAAGUGUCUUCUGGUCAGAGUGGCAAUAAUACAUGGCCCUCAUCUCAGCAACAGCAAAGUGGUGGGGGAACAAGUGGCUAUCAUGGAGCCAGUUCUUCUGCUUUUUACAGUGGUUCCACUAAUGGUGCUGGCAGUUCCAACUGGAAUGGAAAUGUAUCUACUUCUCAGCUGUGGUCAUUUUCCAAUUCCAGCUUAUGGGGCUCUGGUCAGCCAAGCAACGAUCAUGAUGCAAGUACAAAUCCUAUGAACUCCUACCUUCCUGGUGAUCUGCUAGGUGGUGAGCCCAUGUGAGUGAGUUCCCCUCCUUUGCAUCUCAUUACAUUCUAAAUAAUCUGUGAGAUGCUUUUAAAAAAAAACUUUGAAAAUGCCAUAAUAUGAGUAAAGGCAUUUACACAUUGCCAGAGAUGGACGAUCAAACUGAUGUUCGCCAUCUUGGGCAGCAUUAAUGGGUUAAAUGCCCAAGUCUUGCGUUAAUGUGAUAUGAACACUUUCACGUUACAAUAGCCAUGUUGCUUCUUCCAGUAUGUGUAAUUGUCUACAUGAUAAAAUGAACUAUGAUUGCAUAUGCUAGAGUGUGAUAUUCCCCCUUGGCUAUUGUAACACUGUAUUACCUUUUUGACCAUUUGAUUGCCUGAUUCGAGCAUGUUGGAUAUUGCUCGGUUACAAUCAUAGAUUAAUACUGAAGAGAGCAAAUCAAACGACUAUAUUAAAGUAUUGAAACUUUCUCCAGUAUUUUAAGUGCCACAGGAGAAAAGCCUUAAAAAGAAAUUUCUGCCAUAUCAAUCUGUUUUGGUGGAUUAUCGAACACAUUCUUAGUCAUCAGAUGUUUGGAUUCGCUUGAUCUGCAUUGUAGAUGGUAUUGACUUGGACAGAUCAUCUGCAUGAUUCUUUUUUAUUAUUAUUUUGCAAAUUGCAAGUAAAUUAUAUGUCGAUUGUCAGAUAGUUUCAUUUUGUUUUUGACUAUAGAAAAAGGUUUAUUUGAGAUUUGUGUAUUUUGUGAAUUUGUUGCUGUAAAUUAAUGUUAUGAUUUAUUGUGCUAUUCUAUCCCAAUGAGAGCUGCUUCUCCCCUUUUCUUUUUUGAAAGAAUUGUAUAUUAUUGGUAUGUAUUAAUAUUUUGAAAUUAUUGUAAAAAGUAAGUUAAGUUUAAUGUUGAUCUUAAGUGCUGUGUUUGAUAAGUCUUUCUGAAAAUAGUUGCAUUUUAAUUAUUUGGAAGUAUGUGUUAAUUGACUUUAAUGUUUAUUUACAUGAAAACUGAUAAUUUACUAGGGAGGGUUCGUAAGGUUCUCCACCUCGAGGACCAUAACUGAAACGAAUCUUAAUUCUUAGAAGUUUUAGAAAAUAUGAAUCCUAUUUCAUAUAUUUUAAUUGAAAAUUUUUUUAAUGCAUUUAGGCUUUAAAUGUAAUUUUGACAAAAGUUUUAAUCCUUGAGCUUGAGAGUCUUAACUUCCUCCCAAAUUCCAUGUGCUUUGGAAUGUGUGAAAUAUUUGUCUUUGCAUAUUGUGUAGUGAGAGAAUCCACUUGAAAUUGUGUGAUAAAAAUAAGUACAUGUGUCUGUUUUGCUGGAAAUAACAAAGUAAAUAUAAAUAUCAAAUAGCAGACAGAUUCGGGGAAAUGUUUCCCCACUAAGUCAACUAUAAAUGUGAUCAAUAUUUGAAAAUUAAUCUAAAAAAGUGCAUUUUGUGUAGUUUUUAUACCUGGUGCUAAUGUUGGCAAAUGGCGGCAUUUAGAGAGUGCUCUUCAUCUUUGCCUUUUUCUUUUUUGAAUCUUUGCACAUUCUCUUGAUGUGUGGCAUUUGCCUUUUCAUCAGCACUUUGAUAGCUUGCCAAAGUUCACCUUUCAAUGAUCAAAUCAGAGAGCUUGCUGCAGAAUAUUUUAUCCCCCUCUAGAAAUAAUACAAAGGAAAAAAAAAAAAAAAAGUGUAUGUGUGUGUAUAUAUAUAUCCUUUUUCUUCCAAGGCAAAAACUUGUAACUAAUACAUCACAUCAGCUUUCCUUUUUUAAAGCUGGUGGUUCUCAAAGGGGUGCGCCUUCCCUUCUGCAAAAUUGGAUAUUUAGUUGACAGUUGCAGUUUAAAAAAAUCGAAUUAUAGUCUUACAUAGCCUUUUUCAAAAACAUUCCAGUCAAUUACUAUAUUGCAGGGAACACAUUUCAAGGUGGCAGGUAAGGGUAUUAACUGUCUGUGCAAUGGGUGUGCAUACCUAAAAGUUUGGGAACCACUUCAUGUUACAUAGUAAACUGAUUUUUGUAAGAAUUGGUUCUUAUUUGGAUGCUGAAAGGUAUGUUGCCCCGGUGAUUAGCAGUAGUGAUAUACUUUAUUACUAAUGCAAUUUCUUUUGUGAUGUAAAAUAAUACUCAUUUGUGUGUGUGCAUGUGUAUGUAUGUACUUGUUUGUGUGUGUGUGUGUGUAUGUGUAUGCGUAUGUGCACAUGAAAGCACGUGUUCAGUGUUAUUGUGAAUGUGUGAUCAUGUUCCCUGAACAUGCAUUCUUCUGGAGCAAUCUUUUUUCCAUCAUUGCUGUGAAAAUGCAUGUGGCCCAUCUGUACACAUUAGUCAGAUGGAUGUUUCACAUUUUGACAUAGGAAAACUGAUCUGCUCAGACAUCCCAUGUUUGAAUGAAAGAUAACUAGCUUUUAUAAACAUAUCAGCCUCUUUGUUUACGAGAUGUAAAUCGUAUUGCGCAAUUGGAAUACGUUUUUCUUUGGAGAACUCUCAUCCCACCUCAUUGAAAUCUAGCCUUGUCAGUGCCCUAGACACUCUUGAAGUAAUUAAUGUAUUUUAGAAAAUAAAAGUCUUAUAUUUGUUUUGUAUUUAAAAAAGUUUUUUUAACCCAUGCAUCAUUUAGAGCGUUGUUUGGAACAAACUUCCAUCACGUCAACUGUACUUAAAGGAAUCGUUGCAAUUUGACAAGUUCAUGUGCUAGAGGUUGCCACACAACUUUCCCUUGUGCCUCUGGUGCUUAAGUUAAUGGACCAAGCGGGUAUCCAGUUGGAAUGAACCUGCGAUGGUUCUUGUAGGCCCAAAGAUCAUCUCUGUGCCAUUUUAAUUGAUGCUGUACUUCAGCAAUAUAUGAUAUAUAUACAUAUAUAUAUAUAUAUAUAUAUAUAUACCUUAUUUAAUCAAAAGAAUUUUAGUUUGCUUUCCAUGCACAAAUAUUUAAGAAAGGCUAAAGCAAACUGUUUUUGUGGCCAUUUGAAUAUGGCAAAUUAAGUCACUCAUCCAUCCUUUACUUUAAUCAUGCAAGUUUUGUGUAGAGCAAAAUUAAAUUGCAUCAUUGCCUUACAUCAGCAAAAAUUCGCUUUGCUUUCCAUUGCUUAAAAAAAUAUAUAUAUAUCUGUACAUAAGUAUGUGUAAAUGUAUGUGUUGUGCUGUUCAGUGGAAGAACACGGGGCUAGCAAUUUGUAGGCAAGCUCUACCGUCCACGCUUUACCAUAUCCAAUAGUUUUGGUCUCUUUUGCUGAGUAUAAUUUUCAUCCUCUGGUCUUGCAUCUCCGUCGUAUUGUGGUGCUAGGUCUUCGAUCCAAAAGCAUGGCCAGCAUUCCAUUCUGACGUUCCUCCUUUUCCACUGAAGGUAAUUUAAAUUCAGUUUUGUAGUAAUCACAUAGUAUGAGAUUAUGAUGUAUUAAUUUAUUACUUUUUAUGAUGUAAUAUAAUUUCAGAUAAGUAAUAUGCACAUAUUGUAAAGAAAGUAACCAAAGAACUGGCCAUAUGCAAUAUCAGGCUAAUUUUUUUGUAUAUUAUGGUGCUUUAUUAAUUUUUAAAAAUUUAUUAUUUUAGUUCUAGCCAAUAAAAUUGAAGGCAUGUCCCCCCCAUGACAAGUUGAUGUUCACUACUUUUCUUUUAAUGUUAAGGCUAAGGUUGAUCUCGGAUGGCAUGUUUAUGUACUAUUUAAUGAGAAUGGGGUAUUUAAGUCUUGUAAAUUUGUUGCAUCUUUUGUCAAGUCUUAAGAUGAAUAAUAUAUUUGAUCAUAAGUGCGAUAUCAAUUUGUAAUAUUUAUUAAUCUGCACCCAGUAGCCCCCCCCCCAAGUUUGAAUUUUGUGGAAUUACCUACUCAAAGCUCACUUCAAAAUUCUGUAGCACAUUUUUGUAAUUUGUAUAUUUCUUGUUGAAUUUUUCUGCUGUUCCUUGAUAUAAAAGUGUGCAUUGGUCAAACUAAGGUGCAGAAAUAUGGAAUAUUCCAUGGACCAAACUUGGUAAUAUCUGCACUUAACAAUAGUAUUCUUUGUUCCAGAAACAAAACAGGAAUGGCACAAGUGAAUGAAUCCCAUGUCUGUGAAGAUAGCUUCUAGACUAGGCUCCUGUUUUCCUGUUUGCAGUGUGAUUUUGUUUGUUCAGGAAAUAUGCCAGUUCUGGAAGAGAACUUGUUACAGUCCUAUGCCUUUUUCUUUGCCAUAUUUCACUAUGUGCAAACCCUUUAUGCAAUACAGAAAAUGUGGAUUGAUCCUCUCCCCAAAAAAAUCAAAUAUAUAUAUAUAUACGUCUUAUUUCAAAGCCCCUUGCUCGUUGCAUAAUAUUGUGAUUAGUAUUUUUGCACUCAAAUUGCCUUGGGGUAUGCAUUUGAAGAUGCAUUUUAAUUUUCUUUUAACAAUGUGGAUAUAUUUUUCUGUGGGAAGAUGUGGUGUACUUCAGCAGAUGAGUGCAAAUGUUACUGCAAAAGGAGUAAAUUGAUGUUUUGGACUAUUUUUUUACAAAUGAAGCUCAUAUAAUGCAUUUUCUGAUUUUCAGUUUAACAGUAACAUGGUGUGAGUUUUUUGGAGUCUCAAUUAAAUUAGUAGCUAGGACUGAAAAACUUGUCUGUGAAUCUUUGUCUAUAAAAUGUGCAUUUUAUGAAUAUGGUGAAACUGGUUAAUAUAUUCAGAUCUAUUAUGAGCAGCAUAUAACAUUCUAAGUCUCAAGUUGAUAAAUUGUGAUAAUCAUAAUAUAUAAGUAUCUAUUAUUUGUUAAUCAUUUGUUUGAUGAACUUGAUGUUCAAGAUACAUCUGUUGUGACUGUGCAUUAUUAUGCAUUAAAGUUCCAGUUUUAAGUGUUGUAUGCUAAUUUUAAGUGUUCUGAUUUUAUUGCUGUAUUAUUUAAAUAUUCUAUAUUUUUAAAGCCUUUAAAUGAAGCCAAAAUCAUUUUAUUUUACUCUCUGUGCAUGUACAGAAAGACAAAGGAAAAAGACUUAUAAAGAAAAAAAAAAUUUUUUUCAAUUGUGCAUGCAUCUUCCCCCCCCCUUUCUUUUACUGCCACGGUAAAAGGUCAUGCAAUCUGAAAAAAAAUUAACUUUUAAUGUUUUUAAAACGAUUCCUGUGCCACAGAUGUUAUAUGUUCUUUGUUUGCAUUGAGGAAUUUAUUUCUACAACUGUGUUUGGCAGCUGUACUAUGUAAAUAUAUAUUAAAAAAAUCUUUUGUAAAUGUUUUCUCAGGAAGUAUGAAUGAGAUAAGGCACCAAAAUCUCCUAACAGUCAUUCAGCAUUAACAUGCCAUAAAAAUUUCUUCUGUAAUGAAUGAAUUAUCAAGGUUUUUUGCGAAGAAAUAUAUAUUAGAGCUUAACGCACAUUUAUUCCGGUGAGUGCUCACAUCUGGUAUCAAUAAUUAUAGGUGACCAUUCCAUUCACUCGCCAAUGAAGCAAAUAGUUACAGAUAAUGUUACAAAAUUGAUAAUCUAAAGAUUUUGCUUUAAGCUUUACAAUGAUUGCAGAAAAGUGAAGGAACAUGGGUCUCAAACUUGGUAUUUGAGCUUAAAAAGUGUUAAGGUUAACAAAUUUGCAAGAAAAAAAGUGAUAUAAUUCAUCUUUUAAAGAAACCAGAGUGCAAUCCAUAUUUGAGAAAUGUUUGCAAUUUGGCUGAAAUCACCAGUCAUUAAUUAUUUUAGCCUUUUUGGAAACAGUUAAGGUUUUUUUUUUUUUUUUUUUUCUGAUGAAAUUUGUUUUACAUUUUAAUCUGAAGUAUUGUCAUGUAAUGAGGCUUAUUACACGUAUGGAUUGAUUUUUCUUUUACUCGCAUGUACGUUUUUAAAUCUCAUCUUAUGUCCCCAAAGGAAAAGAGCAAAUUAUUUAACAUUUUUAGUUCUUGGUAGAGCUUACUUUGAAUAUUGAUUUUAUUAGCAGUUUUUCUAUUUUUAUUAAAGUACAUUGAAGACUUAGUUUUUAUUUUAAGUCAUACUAAAUAAUUGUCCAAAUUUUUAGAAAAUAUUUUAUUUUUGUAACUUGCAGAACAAACAUCAGAAGUCAGAUGUUUAAAAACGUUUUUACUUUGUAAAUCUAUAUUUGUGCCUAAACUUUUAAAUUUCCUCAUGCAUUUGUGUGGGUCUAUUUUUGUGACAGAAACCGAUGAAAUAUGCACAAAAGCUAGAAAUGCAUUUACUUGCAAAAAAAAACAUGAUAGAUUGAAUUCUAUAGGGAGUGAGAAAUAGUCUGUCGUUUAUUUUUUCUCAUAAAACUAGUCAAAAAAUUCAUUGUUGAUUGAAGUGAUAUAUCAUUGUAAUACUUAAAAAUUGGUAUAAAUUAAUAUAAUUUUUUCAUAUUUUUAUUCCAUGAUAAUUUGUACAGAAUGCAGGAAUUUGAAUAAUAUUGUAUUAAAAAUCUUUAUGGAAGUGUUCAAAUUUCUUACUCUCAUCAGUAUUUGAAAUCUUAAAAUGACAGUAAAAGAUAUAUUUAAACAAACUAUUUUUACAUUAUUAAAAUAUAUUCUUUAAAAUCAUUACACCUCAUGUAAUGCAAAAGCAUUAUCCAGGUAUUACUGUAAAUACAAAAUUUGAAAAAGAAUUGUAUAAAUUAGAUUUGAUUAUGUCAACUUUUUAUCUUAAGUGUAGUCUUGUGUUUCUUCUAAUAAUCAGUAGUUGAAUACUCUUGAAAUUAUUUUAGAUAAACACAAUUCAUUAUCAUAAAACUCUAACUCCUUCAUCUCCAGUGUAAAUUUUUAUGAAUUUUAUUUCUAUCUUUUAUCUGAAAUCUGUAGAUUGAUUUAUAAUUCAUUGAAUUGUUUUCAUUCCAUACAUCCUGAAUACUGUCAUAUCUUUCAUUUGCAGUGCUGAUGUGUGUUGUAAAUAUGAAUAUUUUUUUUUUAAAGUUACAUGGUGAAUUUUUUGAAUGAGAAGAAACAUUAGCUAUGAUUGCUGUUUGGAAUUGGUUUUUAAGUGCCAAAAAUGUUAUCAGUAUAAAUUAAUUUUUCAAGACUAUUAUGAUUUUAUUUAAUGAGUUAAGAACCCACCAUUGUGAUAAGUUAAAUAUAUUGGUUGUCAUAUUAUUUUUUGCAAAAAUUUUGCUUUAAAGUUUCCAUUAAUUGUUUAAGUGUUGUAUAUAAUGAUGUACAAAAAUUAUAUUCCUGUGUCAAAUGUUCAGGAAGCUAAAAUCUUUUCAUGCAUACCCUGGAUAAAAUAUAGGGUACAUAUUCCUAUGAGUUUGAGACCCAUGUGUUUUUGUAAUCAAAAGGUUAAUGUUCCAAAGGAGAAGGAUGCUCAAAUGUUACAAAUUCUGUCAUGUUUUUAUUUAAAAAGAGAUUAUAACUUUGAUAUUUUAAAAUUUUUUGUAGAAUAAAGAAACGGUGUGUGAAAAGGUAUUAAAUACUUACAAAUGGGUUUGUGUUCAUUAUUUCUCAUAAUCUCGUAUUUGAUUUAUUUUGCUUGCUGUGUAAAUUAUUUUGGUGGUAACUUGUUUCAUGCUGAGAAUUUAUUGUUAAUCUCUUUGUUUUUGUGUAACAUUUCCAAAGAAAUAUCAAAUUCUUUUUUCAUUAUUUUAUACUUAGCAGAUCAUAUCAUUAUGUAAAACCUUUUUGGCAUUGUAUACUUUUAGUAUUAAUUUUGUGUUUUUAAAUAAAUAUAUCUAGUGCAAUUACUUUAUAUGUGUAUUUAUACCCCAUAGUAUAAUGUACUGCUCACUGAAGAUAUUUAAUAUUGUGCCAAAUUAAUGGAUGUAGGGGAAAAGGUUUGUUUCUUAUUGAUCCCGCCAUUUAUCAAAAAACAUAAAAUUCGAUGAUAUUACUUAAACAUGUACUGCUUGUUGAAUUAAAUUGAACCAGCUGAAGGACAGUUGGUAGUGACAUUUUGCAGUAUCUGCAUCAUUAUCAAAGUCCUGCCUGUAUAUCCGAUCUUAAAUGGCGAAAGCUCGUCCUAUGUGAUAAUGGCACCGACCUGUGUCGGAAAUAUCCGCACUAUGCAUUUCCAUUACCCGCCUAGUCACGUCGGGAGUUAAAAAGUAGAAAGUGGAUGGCUUUGCUUCUCAAAACCCAGCAAUCACUAACAAGCCAACUACUCUGAAGCCCUCCAACUCAGUAAGAAUCCUUCAAAAUAUAAAAUGAAAGAAAAAAAAUUGUUGCUGGUUUGUGGGUUCCAAAAAAAAAAAAAAAAAAAUUAAAUGUGCCUUUUAAACUCAAAAUAAUCUCAAACACGAACACAACGAACCUACUGUGAGGUAAAAGGUAGUGAAAAAAUAAACUUCCUUGUGGUUCUGACGCUUAGCAUGACUUGAAAUUGUCAGUUUUUUUUUUUUUUUCUUUAGAAUUUAACCUUCAAAGGUUAUAAAUUCCUAUGCAUUCCAUUCAGUGAAUUAAACAUUUUCAUAAAACCAUGAAAUAUUUUCAGAACCAUGAGGAACGUUGAAUGUAAAUCUGGUCCAGUCUCUGCGCAUUUUACCAGUAGUUAAGCAAGUUUUGUGCGGCAGGAUAACAGUUUGUCAGUGCAAAUAUUCAUCUCUGACCUGGGAAUGGUUUACUGAAAAAUAUUGCGAUAUAAUAGUGCCACCAUUUUAAUCUUGACCAAUGUAUUCUCUCUUAGUUUGAAUAGAUAUGUUUGUGAGGGCAACUAUGGUAUAGCCAGUAUUUUGAUCCCUGUUUAACUGCUUUUCAUAAUGUGAGUAUUGUUCCUGAAUUACAUGCGAUGAUGUACAGGUAACUUUGUGUAUUGAUGUUAUGUAAACAUUGUAAGCAGUAGUAAUUGUACAUGAAUGUGGUUGUUUUUGUUGCUCAGGGUCUAUCUAAUAUGUGAUCUGAAAUUAUGUUGAGCAUUAUUAGAUAAAAUCGUUCCUUUAAGAUUUAAAAAAACAAAAAAGAUAAAAAAAAAUAUAAGUGUCGUGUAGUUCUAGAUUUAGAAGUGUUGUGUACAGAGUAUGGAUCUUAAGUGACCUGCUUAUGUUAGUUUGAAAAAGCCUUUUUUUAAAUUGAAUGUGCAUUGCGAGGCCAAACAAUGGAGAUUGAAACGCACUGCCACUUAAACUUCCAAAACUUUAAAAGUUGUGGCUAAAACCUCUUAUUGGAUGACAUUAGUCAGCCUACUUGCAAUGUAUCAUUUAAUUUAAAGAAAGUGUAAUGUUUGUCAGUUGUUCGAGCUAUUACUCGAUUUAAAAUAUGUAUUGAAAAAUUGUAGUCAAACCAGAUUUUGCUGCUUUAUAUAUAUUUGAUCAAAUAUGUAUGAGGCUGGCCUUGUAAUUUUUGCUCAGAUCAUGUACAAGACAGUGAUUUUAAUGUUACCACCUGUGCAAAGACAUAUUGUUCCUUUAAGAAGAAAUAUAUUCCUGCUUUAUUAUAAACAGACUGACCAAAACCAUUGUUGCCACAAAAAGUCGACGUGUGUUUAUAAGUGUACAACUAGAAUUUUUUUGAAAUUAUAAAAAAAAAAAAUGCUGGUUUGUAUUUUGAAAUGUAUGGAACGGUGUAGAUGAAAUUUUAAGGUUAACAGCGAAAAGAAGAAAGUUGCAAAGCAGAUGUUUAUAUUCCUGAUCUGAUCGUCCCUGUGAUUUGUGCACUUAGCAACCACCAGGGUACAAAAAAAAGUCUGUGGUUCUCAGGUUCUUGCAACUGAAGCACGCAUCUAAGAAUGUUACCUAACGAUGUAAAAGGGAUGAGAGACUUCCGUGUAUUGUAGUAUUUUCAUUAUUUUCUCCAAUGAGCUCUUUGAGAAAGCAGCUGACAAAAAAGAUAAAAAUUACCCUUCUGCAAAUGUGAUUCCAAGGGGGAAAUAUAAAUACAUUCCUUCCUUUGAGACUUACUCACUGUCAGGUUUUCCCUGGUUAUGAGCAAAAGUCUAGCUGCAAAUUUGGGGCCUUCACAUGGAAAUCUCUCUUCCCUUCUGAUUUCGUUAUGCUGAGAAUACCUAUGUAAUGUUAGCUGAUUUUUGUACUGUACUGGGGGUAACUUUCAGCAUUAAAGGUUUGUGUAAUCUGUA